GAUUCACACAGAAACUGUAGCGGAUUCACACAGAAACUGCAACGGAUUCACAGUGCGCCGAAUUUUCUGGCCUGUGUUAUUUAUCAUGUCUGAAGUCUUAAGUAAUUACUAUGUAUUGUUAUGCUUAUAAGGUCGACACGCAGUAAUAAUCGCAAUUGUCUUGGUAAUUGUCACUCUUACAUUAACCCGUGAUCACUUUCAGUAUCGUGUUACAGAAGGCAGUAAAGUACACACAAAGACCAAUCUUUAUAUCUACUGUUCUAUGUCGUUGAUCUUUUACUUACAUUAACAGGCAAGUGCCAGGCCUGUGUAAUAUCCAAGUUGAGUUUGUCGGACAGGGUCCUGUCAAUAGUGCGAUGCCUGUGUUACAACCUCUUGAAAGGAUCUUGGGACCAGCUGGGGUCUACAAGCGUGCGUUCUAUGACGACAACUACAUAGACAGGAUGAGUUACUAUUACACUAACAUGUUUCUACUCUUCUACGUAAUGCUGUCCGUCACGGAAGAAUGGUUCAAAUUUCCUGUGAAGUGUUUUUGCCCUGUGACCUUCACAGAAGAGGAGGUUCUCUACACGACCCAUCUCUGUUGGAUUGAAAAAAUGUUCUUUGUUCCCUGGAAUAGGACCAUUCCAAGUGAUUACGACAUUCGACAACUGGAGAUGCAGAUCCAGUACUACCAGUAUGUGCCGGUUGUGUGUUUGAUGAUGGCUUUUCUCUUUUAUCUCCCCAGGCUCGUAUGGAAACAGUGCACAAACUCAAGCGGGUUGAAGCUGAAGAAGUUGAUCGAACUGGCGAGAUCGUACCAGCUGGAAAACGACAAUGCCCUGUUUGAGAAUGAACUGAAGUAUCAGUACGGUCUGAUCACUACUGAUCCUUACAGUGAAGAAAGAAGACAAGAAGUUGUCAAGAUCCUUUGUGAGUAUAUCGACUUGUACUGUUCCAAAGUGGAGCCUUUCAGAGCAGGUGUACUACCAAAAUUAAGAGAGCGAUUUGGAAGUUUGUGUUAUCUUGGAAUCGGCAGACAUUACGGAAACUUUUUCCCUUCGCUUCAGAUCGGUGUACGAGUUCUGUACUUCCUUAAUGCUAUCGGUCAUCUGUGGUUUCUGAACGCUUUUAUUGGAAAUGAGUUUGCUUUCUAUGGAUAUGAGGUCAUAAAGCGAUUUCUGAAAGGAGAAGAAAAUUACAUUGGAACGUCUCGGUUUCCCAUUGUGACACUCUGUGAUUUGGAAAUCAGACGAAUGUUUACAUUUUAUCGAUACACCAUACAAUGUGUUGUGCCUAUCAACAUCUUCAACGAGAAGUUCUUCCUUUUCCUUUGGUGUUGGCUUGUUAUUCUUUCUUUCCUAUCGUUUUUAAACCUUUUCGUGAAUAUUGCCAAAUUUGUGACUCCUUACUCAAAUAUAGCAUUUUUGAAAAAGUAUCUUGCUAUAAAUGGCAUCUACUCUCGUGGAGACAAGGCAAUGAAAAUUCCUAUCAGACGAUUCUAUAAUCAUUUGAAACAAGAUGGCGUAUUUAUUCUCCGACUUUUGACGCAGACGACAAAUACCGUCGUCGUCACAGAAGUGAUGAGAGAAUUGUGGGCAAAGUUUCGGGAUAGAGAAUUAGAACUGAACGACCAGAAGUUUGAGGAAAACAAUAACAAGCAAUUUCGACGAACAAAUGGUAUUGUGAGGUUUGAUAACACCGUGAUACAUAUCGGCGGACACGGUUCUCUCUCCCACUGUUCCGAGAGAGACCUGAUGAGGAGAUUUCCAAGAGAAACGUUUGUUUAAAUGUUUUAACUUUUGUGAUACAUUUGACUACGGUUUACCCCGAUUACCUGAUCAUAAUCUAGGGCCCAUCGGUCAACAGGGGAUCUUUACUCUUCCCAGGCACCUGAUUCCACUUCUGGUGUGUCUAGGGGGUCCAUAUUUGCCCUUCUCUUAAUUUUGUAUUCUUUAUGGGAUUUAUGAAAUUUAUCCCUGAUCGUUGUCCUCACUUGUUCAUGUGCAAUAUUUCAUAGAUUAUUUUACCUGUGUGACGGUAGUGAAUGAAGAAACUAUCAAAUAGACUACCACGUGAAAUCCAGGUUUCCUUUCAUCAACCAAGAUGAUUGUAAAAUCCACCAAAUACAUCAAUUUUAAAUGGCUGAUUAUAACUUCCAAAACUAUCUCAAAAACAGUACUUGUAAGACUUUAAAAGUUUGUUUGUGGGAUUAAUCUUGAUAUUAAAAUGGAUUCUUUGAUGCC